AUGGAGAGCGACUUGGAGUCAGGGUCAGAUCUCCCUCCGGAGCUGAACUUCAACAGUGACGACGAGCCUCCAUGCCCCCGCGCGGGGGAUGUGGCCUUUGUGUCGCCGCAGGGGGAUGUUAGAAAAACUAUUCUGUCCCUGGGUCAGGGUCACAUGCAGGCAGGCUUCGGCGAUGAGAUCUGCGUGCGCUGGCGGCAGGUGCCUUCGCGAGCCGUCGCGGGGACUCCGAAGGACAUUGAAAGCCUCCUGAUGCUCCUCGAGGGCUCCGAGCCUCAGUGGACAACGCUGGGGGAGUCAGAUUCGUUUCCGCAGCUCCUCAGCCUCGCGGCGCGCCACAUGCGCCCUGGAGAGAUUGCGCUCGUCUCGGGGCCCUCCACACAUCUUCGGCAGCCGCAAAAGUAUCUCUACUCUCCGGCGGCGCUCGCAGCUGCUGCAGGCAGCUCAGAGUCCGCCGCGUCCUUCGCGUCCGCAUCUCCACCGUCGUCUUCGCUGGCGUCGUCGUACGCCGUCUUCCACAAGCGGACUCUUGUCCACAGGCGCCGAGCGCUGCGCGCGUUACGCGCUUCGCAGAGCCCAGCAGAAGGGACGCCUCCGGGGCAGCUGUCUUCGGGUCUCGCAGGCCCAUCCGUCUCCGCUCCCGCAGAAGAUCAGGCGGGCAGAAGUCCUCUUGCAUCCUCGCUGUUCCGGUCGCCGUCAUGCGAUGCCUCUCGCGGACAGUGCCCUUCACUGGGGGGAGACGCGCGCCCGUCGCCCGCGUGCGCCGCCGCGGCUGCGGCUUCACCGCCGGCUGUGCCUCCGGUGCGUUCCUGCUCGCUUGCGCUUCCUCUCGCUGCUCAGGAAGAAGGGCUAGGGCAAGCGUUCUGCCGCAGUCGUGCGCCGGUCGCUGUGUCGGGAGACAGCGGACGCGCCGACACACAGCCGCCCAGCAGCCGACAUGCCCUGGCGCGCGCCGGCGCGUCCCGCUCCUCUGCAGGUUCGCUGAGCUCUUCGAAGGCAUUUGCCGCCGAAGAGGAGGGAGCAGAACAUCAGAAGGAAGCGGAAGGCAGAGCCGCCUGCAGCCCGGCUGCCGCAGAUAUGAGAGAAGAAGAGGCCUGCGGAGAGAGCAGAGCGCACGUAGAGAACGGGGCAGGAGACGACUGCGCCGUCGUUCUGCAGCUGAUAUCCAUUCAGCCGAUACGAAUGCUGACGGAGGACAGAGGUGUCCGCAUGCGGCCGCUGCGCCCAGGAAUUGGCUGGAGGACCCCGGGGCGGAACGACGUCGUUUCGUUUUCGUUCGCGAUUCUUUGCAAAAAUGCAGACUGCCGCGCGAAGCAGCUUGGCGCAAUUUGUGCCCUCGCAGACCAAGCGAAGCAAGCAGCGAAGACAGGCGAGGGAGACGCGGAGGCGCCGAACGCAAGCGAGCGGACGCUGGUGACGACCCGCGGAGAGGGCGCGGGCUUCGCACACUGCACAGGGGGGAAACGCAAGGAGGUGGGAAGCGUGACGCUCGAGUCUCACAACGCGGCGAAGGCAGACAACCUCGAGAGAGAGAGGAAAACAUUUGCUGCUCCCUCACAGACUUGCGUAGAGCUUGGAAGUCAAGCUGCUGUGCCCUCUUGCGAGAGCAGGGCUGGGCUGGGGUGUUGCGAAGGCGCUCCGGAGCGGUCUGCCCUGGUGACUGCCCGCGGAGACGGAGAUGGAAAAAACGCAGAAAUCUGUCUUUCUCGCACGUUCGCUGACCGGCUCUUUGGGUCUCCGCGCCUUUCUCGGCAUGAUGGCGGCGGGAGUUUUUUUUCAUCGGCUAGUCGCUGGUCGUCUUCACUGUCUGCGACCCUGUCUGCCUCUGCAUCCUUCGAAGCGGAGGGCAGGGAGGGCGACGGAGACCGGCGAGCGGGAAUGGCGACAGAAGAAGUUGCGUUCAGCGACAUUCCGUUGCGUGGUGUGCAGACCGCUCUGCGCCACAUGAAGGAGGGCGAGGAAGUCGUGUUGACGCUCGCGGGCGCGCAUGCAGAGUGGGAGUCACGAGGCCCCUUCAAGCCGGCGAACUGGCUCUGCGCUUGCUGCGGACUCUCCGCGCCAUGCCGCGAAGCUGGAGUUCGCACAGGCCAGACAGCCCAGUGCGAGAAGCCAGAAAAGAGGGUACACACGCCGCAGGAGACGGAGGGAGACCGGAAAGGGGCGGACGCGGAGGACGGGACGCGGGAAGGAAAGCCGGGGAUUGGCGAAGAAGGGAAUAAAGAGGGGGCUGAGGAGGCAGGGAGCAAGAAAACGAACAAACCAGAGGACAAGGGUCCGACCGGGCGGCUCGGGGCGUGCUGCUGCGUGCCCAGAGGGGCCUGCGCGUGCUGCGCUUCGGAUUGCAGCGGGUCAAGAGACGGAAAGGACAGUAACUCCGAGAGCGGCGUGCACUCAGCCGAGUUGCACGCAUACAUCAAGCUGAACAGCUGGAGACCGCGAGCGACGGUAUCCGUGCCAUCGCCAGUGACUGCCUCGGAGAUCCUAGGAAGCUUCGCAUUCACGUCGCUUGCGGGGCCCCUAGACGAGCGGCGACGCGCCUUCAUUCGCGAAGGAGACAGGAGCGCGAACAGCCGCUCCUCCGCACUCCUCGCGCCUCUGAACUGGCGUCCGGAGGAAGGGUCUACUGUGGUUCUGUUUCUCUCCCUCGCCCUCUGGCCCUGUGCGGCGUCGCUCUCGCACGCUCGCGUCCCUCUGCCGCUGCCGGUGACCUACCCCGAGGCCCCCGCCUGCGGCACGCGUGCGCCGGCCGCACAGCCCGGAGCUGCAGGGACUGAAGGCUCCCGCAGUGAGAGCGAAGAGGCGGAGGAACGACCCGAGGAAGAGGGGACUUGGCUGCUCUUCACAGUUGGAGACUGGAGCGCGCCGCUGUGGCUGGAGGAGGCGGUGAAGCGGUUGAAGCUGGGCGAAGUCGGCCGCUUUGAACUGGACCCUUCGCUGUUUGCACACGCCGCCCAGACGCUCCCGUACAACACGGGCGCAUACUGCCCUCCAUCGUCGCUGGCCGCCUCAUCGUGCGCCACUUCUUUGCCUGCGCCUCCAGUCUCCGGCGAGCAACGCCGCGCGUGCGACUGGGGUGGUCUUUGGGUCAUUCGACCCCCUCGUCCCGCGUCGGCGCCCAGCGUGUCUCGCUGCGGCGCGUCGCUCGCUUCCUCUGCAGUGCCUUCGUUUGCCGAGGCCUGGGGGGCGCGGAGCGAAAGCCUGGCGCACGCUGCGAGCUUCGCUGAGCGGUGCGUCCGCGCCAAAGUCGAAGCCGGGGAGCUCGAGGCUGUCGUUCAGUGCAUCCGCAGGCUGGAGAAGGCCGGUCGCGCGUGCAGCAGCGAAUCUAGAGCCGGCGAGGACGCCGCGGGGGUCGAAGUUUCGGAGACGCCGAGUAGCGUUGUUCGAGUAGAGUGGGAAGCGGCGCCGGCCGUCGAGAGGCUUCUGGCGGAGGUGCAGCCCGACGCGAGUCUGGGCGUGGGGGGAGGCGCCGGCAGUGAGGCGACGGCGGAAGGGAAAGACGAGGCUGGCGAACGCGGCGAGUACGCACGCGGCGAGGACGCACACGUUGUCGCCACAGUCUGGCUCGCCUCGAUUCUGGAUAGGAGGAAAGACUUGUGGGCGCGAGGAUCCGCAGAAGAGAAGCGUCAGUUGAUUGAGCAGUUCAAGAAGGAAGGGAAUCUGUGUCUAAAACGCGGAUGGCUGUCCGCUGCAUCACAGCGCUACGCUCGCGCCUUUGACGUCUGUCGCUUUCUCCCUGCUUACGAGGAAGCGACGCGCCUGCAGCCUCUCUUGCUCGCCCACGCAGCCGAGCGGCCUGCGUCGGGCGCAUACCCCUCUGCUUCUCCGGCCUCUUGCUCCACUCAUCCGUCCUCGACGCGAGCGGAGCGGGAGCCUGAAGCGGCUAGUGGCGUCGCCGACAGGCAGGGGGCGGCUUCGCCGCAUUCGUCAUCGGGGGCCGCGUCGCCUUUUUCAGGCAGGGCGGGCGACUCCGGCGGCUCUGCGGCCGCGUCUGAGCCGCCCACAGACGAUCCCGAGUUGACGCUCCUCGAACUCAGUCGGCUCGCUGGCAGCGUCUUGAACAACUGGGCGCUGUGCUGCCUGAAGCAGAAUCUGUGGAGAGCUGCGCUGCGCCACGCGGACGUGUGUCUGUUCUUAUUGGAGAUUGGCGAGCAGGCGCUCGAGGCGGAAGGAGAAAAGAGGCAACACGAGGCGGAUACAGACCAGGCUCGCGCCACGCAGGAGCUGCGAGCCGAUGCCCCGCAUGCGCGACACGUCCAGCGGGACGCCGAGGGCACGACGGUAGUCGAAACGAGUUCUCCAGGUCAUGGAGAAGACGGCGCAUCUGCUGAUGCUGGGCGCUGCAGGGAGGCAGACGAGCGUGGAAAAGGGCAGCGCAAGAACGGGGGCGACGGAGGGGAAGCGGCGGACGGGAGUUUCUUUAGACACGCUCGAUGUGUUGCGCUCUACCGGAAGGCGAAGGCGCUGAGUGAGGGAGGCGAGUUGAGCGAAGCUAUUAAGACAGCCAAGGCCGCGGCACUCCUCGAACCGGCGGACUCUUCAGUUCAGGCUCUACUCAAGGCCAUCCAGCGCCGACGGGCGCACGAGAUUCAUGCUGAGCGCUCGGCCUUCCUCGGGAUGUUCAGUCGCCCGAAAACCAAGGAAGGCGGCUCGCCGUACGGCAUGCGUGCCCCUGACAAUAGAUAUUUGACCGGUUUCCGCUGGCGAAAGCAAUCACAGUUCAGUACGCCGUUGGAACUAGGGGUCAAUAUUCUAAUGGCGUCUGCAGUACAGUACAGCAUCGAGGAGGCCCGAUACGAGCCGAUCUGUUGUCGUGGCCAAGACAAAUCAAAUAUGGGACGCUUUAGAUCCUUCACCAGUUACACCUUUGUCGGAGCCUCAAACGUGGAUGUCAGGGACUUUGGGGAUCGCUUCGAGAAGAUCCGCAUCAUUUGCCUAUGA